AUGGGUAACUACGUGGACGGCAUUGAAGAAGCUCUGCAAAAAGGGAAAUUCGUGCAGGUGUCCGUGCCAAUUGCUGUUGGGUUGCUUGUAAUGAUGUAUCCCAUCUUGUGCAAAGUUCAAUAUGAGACACUGCACCUCGUGUUUUCAAAGCGCGCAGUAUGGAUCCAGUUGGGCUUCAGUAUUCUAAUGAACUGGAUUAUUGCACCUUUCCUGAUGCUCGCCCUUGCCUGGGCAUUUCUGCCAGAUGAACCAGGCCUACGCGAAGGUCUCGUCCUUGUCGGACUGGCGCGCUGUAUUGCUAUGGUACUCAUCUGGACUGGUCUUGCAGGCGCGGAUGAGGAGUACUGCGCAAUCCUUGUUGCUGUUAACUCAAUCCUCCAAAUGGUAUUGACAGCGCCACUGGCCAUAUUCUUUCUGAGAGUCAUUUCGGGCUCGACCACAACCAUCCAGAUCCAGUAUAGCGUCGUUGCCACCAGCGUCGGCGUAUUUUUGGGAAUACCGCUUGGAGCUGCAAUUGUCACGCGCUUUGCCAUACGCGCAAUCAACGCACGAUGGUACCAAGAUGUCUUCCUCAAGUGGAUCGCACCCUGGUCCCUCAUUGGACUCCUAUAUACCAUUCUGGUCCUCUUCGCAUCGCAGGGCCGCAACGUCGUGCACCAGAUUGUGUCGGUCGUUCGCGUUGCCGCUCCCCUUAUUGUCUACUUCUUCGCCAUUUUCACUUUUACUCUAUUCGUGACGCACAAGCUUGGAUUCGGAUACAAGCUCGCGGCAACCCAGAGUUUUACUGCUGCAAGCAACAACUUCGAGUUGGCGAUCGCCAUAGCUGUGGCGACGUAUGGCCCAAACUCUGAUCAAGCACUCGCAACCACAGUUGGGCCGCUUGUUGAGGUGCCCGUGUUGCUGGCUCUUGUGUAUUUCGUCAAAUGGGUUGCAAGACGGAGGCAGUGGGAAGACUGA